ACACAGAUCUUUAAAGAGGAGAGAGGACUGUACCAGGACAAGGUGUUCUGCUUCGUCCAUCUGAGUGUUCAGGAGUUUCUGGCUGCUCUACAUGUUCAUCGGACCUUCAUCAACUCUUCUGUCAAUCUGAUGGAAGAACAACAAACUACUUCCUGGAAGUCUAAAAUGUUUAACAAACCAAAUCUAACACAUCUCCACCAGAGUGCUGUGAACAAAGCCUUACAGAGUCCAAAUGGACACCUGGACUUGUUCCUCCGCUUCCUCCUGGGUCUUUCACUGGAGACUAAUCAGACUCUUCUACAAGGCCUGAUGAAACAAACAAAAAACUCAAAGACUGAGGAAACAGUCGAGUUCAUCAAGAAGAAGAUCAGUGAGGAUGUGUCUGUAGAGAGAAGCAUCAACCUGUUCCACUGUCUGAAUGAAGUGAAUGAUCGUUCUCUAGUGGAGGAGAUCCAACAGUCCCUGAAAUCAGGACGUCUCUCCACUGAUAAACUGUCUCCUGCUCAGUGGUCAGCUCUGGUCUUCAUGUUACUGUCAUCAGAAAAUAAUCUGGAUGAGUUUGACCUGAAGACAUACUUUGCUUCAGAGGAAGCUCUUCUGAGAUUGCUGCCAGUGGUCAAAGCCUCCAACAAAGCUCUACUCAGGGACUGUAAACUCUCAAAAAGAAGCUGUGAAGCUCUAUCACAGAGCUGGAAGAGGUCACCAGUGGAGCUCAUCCCCAUCCAGGGCCUGGAGGUGGAAAUUGAGGUGGAGAACAUGCUGAUGGAUCACCACAACCAGAGCAGCCCUCAGGCUAAAGGCAUUUUCUCCUCCUCACGAGCAAAGAUCAGCCCACCCCAGGCAGAGAGGUGGUCCCUACACCUAAGUGCAGAGCGUCCAGCGACCCAGGCCGAGGGGACCCAAGGGACAGGGGUAGAAAGGAACAUCCCCAAGCGUGGCAGAACACUGGAGACCUAA